UUUGAACCGUUGAACUCAAUUACAGGGGCUAGUGGUCGCCUCCUGCCGCGAUGAUAACGCACAGCGAAGGAGAUGCUGUGUCGAGCCUUCCCACUGAUUUCACUCCUUAUCGCUUCGCCUCUCGUCCUUUUUGGAAAUGCUCUAUCAAAUGGAACGAUUGAAAAGCUACCAAAGCCAAUCAAUGAUCGAGCUCGCUCACAAUUCACCAUUAAAAGACCGUCGUUGUUCAGUGAAGAGGACGAGUACGAUGAGGAUGAUGAAGAGAUUAUGGGCUCCGUAUUUACCCAGUUUCUUGCUGACUCGGAGACUCAACUAAUACUGGACAUGGACUUCUUCAAGCACUUUUUCAACUACGCAGAGGCAUACAGAAAUGGUGUUGAAGAAGGAAACUUGGAUUUGAUGCGAUAUGCAGUACAAUUUGUGGACAAACUCAAAGAGUUUGAUGUGUCCUCAGCAUGCAUCGCCGACGUUUUUCAUUACGUUUGGACAGCAGUGGAGUACGCCACACACGUAGAAGAGCACAGGAAUUGUACUAACUGCAAAUGUACGCCUUUCUUCCAACAGAAGAAGAAUGAGCGAUCAUGGAUUUUUAACGUGUUGGAUGCCAUGGGCAAGGUACCCUCCGGUAUCACAUCCGGCAACAAUCUUUGGGUCGGUUCAUGGAAUACUUGCCGUAAGAUCCAUGCGGUGAAGAAUAAUCAGGGUCAGCGAUGGAAUGGUCAGUACUGUUUGGCACACUUAGAAGCUUAUGAGCGAAACAACCCUUUCAAAGCACUCGAGAAGAACGAUGCAGUGGAUGCACAUUGCUUCAAGGACAAGAAUGCCACAGAAGAUGACGACGAUGGACAAUGUUUCACCUUUAUUCCAAUGCUUAAUUUUGGUGUUUGCAUGCCUGACACAUGUACAGAAUACGACGUCACUAGGAUGAUCACUUUCGCUGUUCGCCUCGCCGAAAGCGCAGUUGGCCGAGAUGCCGUUUGCGAUGUGAAUGUCGAGUGCCGUCCUGAGAAGAAGGAAUCAGCCAUGAGCAACAACUGGCUCGCCAUGGCAGCUCUAUAUUUUCUGACCUACACGAUCAUUAUGAUGAUAUUUGGAACUCUGUACGAUCUCUUCAUCUAUCAGAAAGAAAUCGAGCUGUUGCCUCCAUCAGAAAGAAACAAUCAUUUAUUUAUCCGUAUAAUUCUUGCUUAUUCGGCGUACACAAAUGGUAUAGAGAUCUUAAAGACAACCAAAAAAGAGGGCGAAGUGAAUUGCCUCCAUGGAAUUCGAUUUCUAAGCAUGUGUUGGAUCAUUCUUGGUCAUACAUAUUACUACAUCGGAAAAAGCCUGACUAUAGAUAACUUAAUUCCAACACUGGUUGAUUUUCCGAAACACUUCUAUACACAAGUUAUCGUGCAAGCGCCUUUAGCUGUUGACUCAUUCUUUUUCCUCAGUGGUCUUCUAGCCUCCUAUAUCUUUUUCAAAAAAGUGCUCAAAAGUAAAACCAUUCGAAAUCCACGAAAUCCACUGAUGUGGCUAAUGAUCUACAUCAAGCGAUACACGAGGCUUACUCCAACAUAUGCCGUAAUAAUGUUAUUCGAUGUCACCUUGUUUACUUACGUCUCAUCUGGGCCCUUUUGGACUCCUAUUGAAAAGACAGGAUGCCGCAUAAGUUGGUGGACAAACUUCAUCUACAUGAACAACUUCUUGCUGCAGGAUAAAGAAUGUUGCAUGGGAUGGACAUGGUACCUGGCCAACGAUGUUCAGCUUCAUUACACACUUGCUCCUAUCCUCUUCAUAGCUUUUGCCAAGAGCAAAAAAUUGGGCCUUUCUAUUGGUGGGAGUCUCAUGUUGCUCUCAUCUUUCAUCAAAUUAUGGAUUAUCUUCACUCACGACUAUCCUCCAGCACCAUUGCUCACGGCUAAGUUACAAAUAGUCAAAACGCUAGACUCAUACUGGAACGACGUCUAUGUGAGGCCUUAUGUUCGAUGUGGACCAUUUAUUGUAGGAGUUGCCGUUGGAUACCUCUUGAACCAUUUUACUCGCAAUAGAAAGGACAACAGAUAUGACAUGCCAAAGAAACAUGUCAUCCUCGGCUGGAGCAUCUCCACGGUUCUUGGACUUUACUCAAUAUUUGGUCUGUACAAUUACGCACGGACCGGCGACAUCUCCGACUGGUGGAGAGCUUUGUACGUACUUUGCGGAAGGCAUGCGUAUGCUGUUUCCUUAGGAUGGGUCGCUUUCGCUUGUGCCACGGGCAAUGGAGGACCCGUUGGCACUUUCCUUGGUUGGAAGUUCUUCAUGCCUCUGUCAAGAAUAACUUUUUGCGCAUACCUCCUUCAUCCUAUUAUGCUACAAAUUUAUAAUUUGAGUCGACCUCAGCCAUUUCACUACACGACGUUCUUCCAAAUGUUUCAACACACAUGCGAAGCAAUUUUUGUCUCCUACCUAGUAGCGUUCUUUUUCGCUUUGGCUUUUGAAAAGCCAUUCACAGUUUUUGAUGAGAUGAUCAUUCCUGUGAAGUCUCGAAUAAAGAGGAAGAAGUCAAUUGAACUCAAAGUUACAAAUGGAGAAACGGAACCAUUAAAAGCAUGAUUGUGUACAGUUUAUUGUUGAAUAAAUUUUAUUUCCACA